AUGCCCGGGAUCCUGCUCGGAGAAGUCUUCCCCAACAUCGAGGCCGACACCACCAUCGGCCGGAUCAAACUACACGAUUACCUGGGGAAUAAUUGGGGUGUCCUUUUUUCACAUCCAAGGGAUUAUACUCCAGUGUGCACCACAGAGCUUGGGCGGGCAGUAAAGUUGGCACCAGAAUUCAAGAAGCGCAAUGUUUCUAUGAUUGCUUUGUCCAUAGACUGUGUGGAAGACCAUCUGGGAUGGAGCAAGGACAUAAACUCUUACAACUGCGAUGAGCCAACUGAGACUCUGCCCUUUCCAAUUAUCGCAGAUCCUAAAAGGGAACUUGCUAUACUGUUGGGUAUGUUGGACCCUGAUGAGAAGGACAGUCAGGGUAUGCCAGUGACCGCCCGAUGUGUCUUUAUUAUUGGUCCCGAUAAGAAAAUGAAGCUUUCUAUCCUAUACCCAGCAACCACUGGUAGAAAUUUUGAUGAGAUCUUGAGGGUUAUAGACUCCCUGCAGCUUACAGCAAACCACAGUGUUGCAACCCCUGUGGACUGGAAGCUUGGUGACAGAGUUAUGGUUACACCAAAUGUACCAGAGGCGGAAGCCAGCAAGAUCUUCCCCUGUGGCGUUUUCACCAAAGAGCUGCCUUCUGGGAAGAAAUACAUGCGGUAUACUGCUCAACCACAUUAA